UUGAUCAGUGAAGAUGUUUUGCAAAGCCUCAAGGACUUUCCUUAAAGAAAUCGACGCGGGGGGUGAGCUGAUACCGGUCUGUAGUCUAAAUGACUCUGCUAAGGCCCAGCUUCUCAGCGUGGUGGUCAAGAAGAACCGAUUCUGGUGGUGGCAAAAACCAAAGUACAACUUUUCAGCAUGUGGGUGCCUUCUGGGUGACGUACUGAUGGAUGACAAACCAGUGAAACCAGUGGUAGUGGAGUCUGAAUUUGUGAAGUAUCAGGGAUCGUACGGUGAUGUAAUACGGGCUAAUGUUGAUGCUGAUUUUGGAGCGUUUCAUGGCAAUGCGGCUGGCUCUGGUCGUGUACAAACCACCUCUACCUUUGGGGCCCUUAGAAAACAAGAGGUUGACAUGAACCAUCUCAUGAAAGAUGUACAAAACAGAAAGAUAAACUUGCACCAUCCCUUCAUACAGCAGCUUCAUGGCUACAAGCGUGACUUAUUGUGUAUUGUGAAAGAAAAGAUUAUAACCACCCAGAAGUGCGUUAUUUCAGAACAUGCACAGUCAGAGGAAACAUUUGGUGGGAAACUUGGUGUUAAAGCAAAAAUGGUGAAGGUAUCAGUGACCGAAAAUGGAGAUUUUAUACAGGAUGAAAAUACAGUAUUGGAAAUACCUGCUCCUACUGCCCUUGCUUAUGCAGUUGUGGAAGUAUUUGUAAAAUGUGAUGGCCAGUUUGAAUUCAGUUUGUUGCCUGAAAAACAAGGAGGCUUUGAGAAAGAAUGCAUUGAAAAGUAUCAACACGCAGAGCCACUGUUGCGUAACACUGUGUCACUGUGUGACUGGGACGUGGUGGAUGGGAAGACCGUUCCAAGCAUUACUUCUCUGGCUGUCAUAAAGCAAGACAUACUAGAGCUAACAAAGCCAUUUUCUAUGCUGCAAGACCUUCCAGAAGCCCAGCGUGGAGAACUUUAUAAUUGGCUUUUUGAAAUAUUAGAUGAUGGGCAAACAGUCACUCAGCUGCAGGCUGUGGUAGAGGAGAUCCGUUUAGGAAACGGGACUGGCCUGAACUUCCUGGAUGAGGUAAAGUCACCUGAAAGAGAGCGGGUCCAGAAAAUUCUCUGCCUCAUUGGGUAUGAUAUGGAAAAGCACAAGCUGAUGAAGACAUAUAAGAAAGACUUGCUUGCAGCUGUACACAUCCUCACCAGUGCACUGGACGAGAUGCCAGACACUGCCUUGGCAAUACUCGGUGCGUGCUGUAAACUCAAUCUACUGCCAGCUCUCUGGGCCUUGCCAAACACCACAUCAGAUGAAGGACUCUGUUCAAGGACAGAACCAGCGCUGGCUGAUCUCAUCGACCAAGGCACAUUUCAGAUUGCACAGCGUUUAUUCUCUCUGUCCAACAUGAGGCUGGAACUGAAUGAAAAAAACAUAAGUGCUGUGACCAGCCAGGACUCCGGCUUCCUCCCACAUAUCCUCUACAUCGCCAUCUCAGGCUUUCAUGCAUUAAAGAACAACCUCAAAACCUGAUCUAAUGCCGGGCUCAGAUCAUGGCAGCAGACCCACACACUGAGCCCUGUGCUGCAUAUAUUUAUUAUAUGGAUCAAAUGCAUAAGAAAAAUAGAUGACAAUAUGUAAUUAUACUGAUUUUUAAGCCUCAAGAGAAUAUAUAUUUGAUAAAUAUGCACUUUAUUUUGAUAUAUCUGCCUUAAGAGGUGCCUGAGA